UGUGCUGUGGAUUUAUGUUCAGAAAGGACCAAAGACAGCCACAGUGAAUACCUUAAUCCUCCCUUCAUGGGCCAGAAAAAUUCCCACCCAAAGUUGUUCCCGGGGGACAUUGUGGAGUAUCCCAGGAACAAAUACUUCUCUCAUUUCGGAGUGUACUAUGGAGAAAGGGACGGAGUUCCAUACGUCGCUCACCUAACGUGUCGAGAUUCAGACACCAAACUGCUGCUGUACGGCCGAGCUCUCAGGUCAGAGGUCAAACUGGACCCUCUGGAGCUUUUGGGGAAGAAAUACAAGGUCAACAACAUGCUGGAUGACACGCACCCUCCGCGGGACUUCCACGGUGUGGUGAAGCCUGCCAUCGAGGACAUGAUGGGCCGCGAGGUGACCUUUGACAUCCUGUUUCACAACAGCGAGCAUCAGGCGACACUUUUUAGAUACGGAGUGAAGAAGUCUGAACAGAUUGAUGAGAUCUACGAGUAUAUCAUGCCAGCCUGGAAGAAACUGUUCAAGGAGAAACAGCUGUAAACCAGG